AUGCGUCCUCCGAUGGUAGGUAUACCUGCUCCUCGUUUCGUACACAGUUGUACAAUUAGAAACAAUUCAAAUGGAAAUAUUAAGGUUCAAAUCCUGUACAGUGGACCAGCACCUGAAGGGCAAGGUGUUCAACAAGAAGCGUCCACUGUCGAUAUACCUGUAGGAGGAUAUAUUCGAGCCAAAGAACGUUCUACAAACCAUGGUUCGUAUCAAACACGCAAGGAAAUAGCUGCUAUUAAAGUUCUUCGAGCAAAUGGGCAAAAACAAAAAAUAGUCGCUCCAUUUGAGGGUGUUAAUGGUAUUGAACUUAAUUGGGUUUUUAUUGUUGAUAAUUAUAAAAUUCAUUCUGUUAAUCCUCAUCCUACUACAAAUAUCUUUUGA